AUGUCUCGAUACAAGUCUACUGUUAUAGAGUCUCAAAAGAAAACACAGAUCGAGCCGCGAAGUAUAAGGGACCAGUUCGAGCACCUGUUAUGUGACAAGAAAGACGCGUUCGACUACAACAGAUUUAGUCGCACUUCCUUCUCGUUUCGCAAAGAAUACCCAGGUGCUCCCAAUCCGGUGCUCAGGCACCCCGCUUUGGGCACCAUAGGUUUGCCGCUGAACGACCGAGAAGUGGAGGCGCUUAAGUCGCGAAGUACUCGGUCAUCCGACAAGCAUGAACGACAUGCAUACGAGCUGGACCUCAAACAAAUGUCGUUAGCCAGCCCAAUGUGGAAGGGAUUCCUGGCGGAGGUCCUAAAGGACGUCUCAUCGGGGCUCUGUUUCCGGCUUCCGUAUAAUGCAAGCGCCCCCAAAAUCAAAUUACACAAGAUUCUUCUCCAUCCCAAAGGCUCGCGGACAGCAGCUCACAAUGAAUUUAAAUCGUCUGAAAGUGCAUUUGCUAGAGUGCUUGUCAUUGUCCCGUGCGAGUACGAUGGUGGCGCUGUGCACGUCUCGCACGACGGUCUGGUCGCAGCCUAUGACAACGCCCGAACCAACCACUUUCAGACAACGGUCGUAGCAUGGUAUACUGGCGCCACCGUUGAAACCAAACCUAUCUCGUCUGGCGGUCGUCUCGCAUUGCUGUACGACGUUGUCAACACCGCGCAGUGCCCAGCUCCCUCGCUGCCUCCACCGUCUCCAAUGACCAAACGUUUCGAUGCCAUCCUCCGCGCUUGGAACGACGAUACUGGUGAGAAGAGUCCACAGAAGCUGCUCUUCGUCUUGUCAAGGACCCGCGCCAACGCGAAGCUGAGCCGCAAUUCGCUGGCCGACACCGAUGCGCAGAAGCUCGCCUUCUUCGAGAUCCUCGCAAGCAAACAUGGAUUCAACCUUGGUCUCGCCCACGCGAAGUGUUAUGUAGAGACGUAUCACGCGCUUGAUGAUUAUGGGCAGAAGAUAGAACAGUACAGUGACGACAGCGAUUACGACGAGCACGACCAGGAUCGAGAGCUCCACAUCGCGCGCCUCGUUGAUUUGGAUGGGAAGCUAAUAACAAAGGGACUGGACUACGACGAGUACAGCGACGAAGGGGUUCCGUCUCUGCUGAGCAAAGCUGUAAUUGACGACGGACAUCUCGAGAAGGAGAACGCAUGGGCCGGCCGAGGUGAGAGCUACCCGACAUACUUGCUCUGCCGCCUCAAUAUUGCUGUCACGGCGAUGUACGAGAGACUUCGCGAGCUCGCGUUCAUGGGACGUGGGCUGGGGACCCGCGCUGUCAAGUUCAUUGAUGGCACGGUCAUAUCCUUCGUCACCAUUAUAAAGAAUGUAUGGGUCGUUUCGUCGAGGCCAGAUCACGAGUAGCGUUGCGCUGUACCCUGAUGGAUGCU